AUGGCGCUGGACCCCGUUGCACGGAAACGAUCAGCGUUCAGCAAGGCGCUCCGCCGGCUGCUUGCCAAGUUCGCUGCUUUCGACGGCGACAGUGCAGCCGCUUCCUGGGCUAUGUUCAAAGGCGUCAUCAACCAGCCAGUGACUGCGGAAGAGAAACGAUACCGCGCUCACAUCGAGGACCUCACUAUGCGGGAUGCAGACGCACAGCGCAUCAUGGAAACCCUCGAUUACAGCACGCCGUGGUAUCUUCGCGUCGAGUGGGUGAAAGCCCUUGCAGCUCUGGCGAACGUGUACAGGGAUGACAUGCACAGAAUUGCCCCGGUCCGAAUCGUCGCAUCGGACAGCUCAUGCAUUCGGCAGCGGCGCCAGAAAGAGCCGAGUGGUAUUUCAAUAACAUUCGCAUUCGGCACAAUAUGUCUGCGAAAAAAACUCAUGUUGUUUCCCGUGGGAACCACGUCGAACGAAUCUUUGCAUUCAGAAGUCAAUCGAUGGUUCAGGGAAACACAGAAAUUGCAUAAAGCAACUUUGGAUCUGAAGUUGCAAAUGCUGACUUUGGGGAAGCUGCUCUCGCACAAAAGUGCCCUCUAUCAUCCCGGCACGCGGCAGAUGACACACGGGGAAGUACUUGCUCGAAGUACUAAGCAAGUCGUGUGGUCGGACGCUGAUUGGAAGUCCUGGUGCAGCGAACUUGACCAGUCCGCUAGCGCGAAGCGGAAGGCAGAAUUGCCUGUGGAACAGGAGCGCUGUGCGCAGAGGAGAAAGGUUCGUGCAGCUAGCGUGAAAAGGCCAGCGGCGGCAGCUAAAAACGCUGCCAAGUCGCAUCGGGCGCCGCGUACACUCCAGCGGCAGGAUAAGUUAGUUCGCGACGGCAAAAAAAAACACGCCUUCCUGAAUUGUCCAGUGUCCUUGCGGCGCAAGGUUAUCCUUCGCAUUUUGCCAAGCAAAACGUGA